GAUAAUUUGAUACAUAUGGAAGAAUAUGCUCGCUUAUUCACAAAUAUCUUUUCCCUCGGUGAACAGUCAGUUGUAAAAUCGCUCACAGGCAGAAUGCGUUUCGAGAUGUGCCGCGUCUCGCUUCUCGUUCUUCUCUGUGUUUCCGUCUUUAUAGACGCCACAAUCGCGACAUGCACCAGCAGCACACACGAGGAUGGAUUUAGCCAGCGUCUAAAGUGCUCCAACGUGACGUUAGAUAUCGUCCUAAAUUUUGGUGGGCGGGUUAUGGACGACAUCAUGAUUUUUCAAUCGCGGAUAGAAAACAUUCCCGAUCGAUCCUUCCAGAAAUACAAUCAGACUCUAAUCACUCUGAAUAUACACGACUGCGGCAUCAAGGAGAUUUCCACCUACGCAUUCGACGGCUUGAGGAAGCUGAAAAAGCUCGGACUACCGUACAACAACCUCACGUCAGUAAGAGAUCAGUGGUUCGUCGAUUUGACGUCUUUGGAGCAACUGGAUUUGUCGUACAAUUUCAUCGCGUCAAUCGAACCCACGGUCUUCGCGAAAUUGCGACGUCUCAAAUGGCUCGACGUCAGGGAGAACCGUUUGACGUGCCUGGAACCGACCCAACUUGUGCCGAUGGCCGGCCUCGAGAAGCUCCGUUUCUCCGGAAAUCCUCUCACCUUGCGAUGCCGCGGCACGUUGACGUUGUGGUUGCAAGAUCUGGGGAUAAAUUACAAGGGUGAGCAACGCGGGCGGGACAAUUGGCUGGAUAGCAUAUUGUGGCUCUGCGCCGCGGAGGACGAUAAGAUAGCCGAGUCUGAAGUUUUCAUGAAGGAAUGCGUCGUCCUGAAUCUGUUCAAUCAACUUCUCACCGGUUUGACUACGGCCGAAUCUUUUCCCCUAACUAUCCCGCAGAGUUGUACAGACGCAAGAAACGAGCUUACGAAAUGUCUCGCUACGGAUCGCAGAAACGGCAGGGAAGUUGUUACUAACGGACACGUCGUGAGAAAACUGUUGAGGCACUUAAAAGAAUCAAAAUCGACUGUAUAACGAUAGAUGUACUCGUAUAUCAGUUAAAGUUGCCAAAUGCGUAUCGCUUAUAAAUUAUUUUUUUUUUCAAAUUAUAUUUCCCAUUUGGUAUAUUGAUUUCUAUUCAAAUAAAUGUUGGAAAUUUGUAGCAUGUAAAA